GUUUAUCUGUGGCCGUUAACGAUUUUUUCGUUGUUUUCGCAGCUCGGGAAAAUGCCCCGCGCUUGCAGAUCCCUCGCGCGAGAUGAAGGACGAAGAUAAAAUCGCGAGGAUUGCGUACGCGAGCCGGACGGCUCUAAUCGCGCUGCAAUUCGUCGCGAACCGCCUUAUCCCUGACCACGACGCCGGAGUUUUCACUUAUCCGGCCCCGACGGGCGGCAGGAACUACUGCGACGCGGCCGUCGACUACGCCCUCGGCGGUUUCCUGCGCUGGGACGCCCAAUAUUUCAUGCACAUCGCACGCCACGGCUACACUUACGAAAACGCUCUCGCCUUUUUCCCGUUCUACCCCCUGGCGGUGUCUGUCGCGGGGCGAACUGUCUCUCCGGCGCUCAUUUUUUGCCAACUGGACUCGAUCUUGCUCGCGGUGUUCGUGAUAGUGAACGUGGUCGUGUUUAAACAUGCCGCGCUGGCCCUGUAUAAGCUCACUGGCGCGCUGUUUGACCAGCGGCUCGCUUACGGCAGUGCGGUGCUGUUUUGUUUCAACCCGGCGUCGGUGUUUUUCGUCGCCCCCUACACCGAGUGCGUCUUCAGCUACCUCACGUUCCAGUCCCUCACGAACUGUCUCUCUCUGCACGCCAAAUACGCAAAGCCGAAAGCUGCUUUCAGCAUCAAGGACUUGCUUUAUUUGACACCCGUAGCGUUAAGCACCGCCACUAGGUCCAACGGGUUGCUCAAUGUCGGGUUCCCGGUGUAUAUCGUCGCGUGUUCAUGCCUAAAGGGCUUGAAACCCAACUCUCCUAACCUCAAUGUCUUGCGCGUCGUCAAGCAUUUCGCGGUAGCCGUUGUGGUGGCCGCGUUCUGCGUGCUGCCGUUCGCCGCUUACCAGUACUACUGUUACCGAAUGUUUUGCGACGAUUUCGUCGCAAACGUGGGCCCCGCCAUCAUCGAACACGCCAGACGCAAUGGGUUUGUCUUGCCCGGGGAAUUCGCCAAGCACAACCAGUCGUGGUGCCACCGAAGCAUGCCCUUGGCCUACUCGUACGUCCAGGACCGGUACUGGAACGUGGGCCUCCUGCGGUACUACCGCCUGAAGCAGGUCCCCAACUUUCUGCUGGCCCUGCCCGCGCUGGCGAUCACUUCCAGGUACUGCGUCAAGCUGUUGUGCGUGAAUUUCCGCCGGAACCCGCGGUUCCUGCUCGCGUUCGACCCGAAGGGCGCCGGCCAGGGGGUGUACGCCGCCGAGGGCGGCGUCUUCGCGCUCCACGCCCUCUUCCUCUCGGUGUUCUGCGCGCUUUUCGUCCACGUCCAGGUGUCGACGAGGAUGCUGUGCUCGGCGACGCCCGCGUUUUAUUGGGCCUGCGCGGACAACGUGAACCUGCUCAAAGUGCCCGGCAGGACCGACUCGCCGACAGAACUCUUUUUCCGGACCUACUUCGUCAGCUAUUUCAUAGCUGGGACGCUUUUGUUUUGUAACUUUCUCCCGUGGACGUGAUACCGAACGCGACCAAAGACCACGUAAAUAAAGAACAAGCAAUC